AUGUCCAGAGCGGUCGGGAUUCACCUGCUUCUGAUCGUCUUUCUCCGCUACCAAGGUGAGUCUCCUCGAGGCCCGAGGCUGUUCUUGAGGUUGAUAUUGAACCCUACGUCGGUUUAAUUGGCACUCGCUUGACGAUCGCGCGUAAUACACCAGGAAAUUGACCAAUUUGCUAAAAUUGAGUCGGACUUAUAUUGCUACUUGUCACGCGACGUUCUCACCAACCGUAUCUGAUCGUCUCCUCGUCGUUUCGUCGCAUCGAUUCUCGCUAAGAUGGACAGACAGCCGCCUCAUCCGUGUCUCUAAUUUUCUUUUCAGCGCUCGGUUUGAUACUGGAGGAAGAGAAGGAGCCGAAUUAUCUGAACGCAGGAGUCGGAGAGUACGCGGUAUUUAAUUGUGACUUGGACUUUCCGCACGAGACCCCGAUUCCCUACAUCCUUCAAUGGAAUCGUGACGGUCGAACGAUCUUUUCAUGGUACAACGGAUAUCCGUCGGUGGAGCCGCGCUACGUGGGUCGUGUCCACCUUUUAGAAGACGCGGCUGGCCGUGGUUAUGGUCAGGGCAGCAUCAAUCUCACGAACAUCCGUGAGAGCGAUCAGGGAUGGUACGAGUGUCGGGUGAUCUUCCCGAACAGAACGCCCAACUCCAGGAACAAUGGAACGUGGUUCCAUCUCGCUAUAGAUGGUGCGUCGCCGUUUCCGACGUCUGUUCCAGGCGAGAAUCUGCUGGCGGUGCCGCCCGUCAACAAGACUGUAAUGGAGGGUGAAUCCGUCGGUUUCGACUGCGUGGCCAAAGGUGAGAAGUCGGUUGUUAGCUGGUUCCGCGAGGGCGUGGAAAUUACAGAAAUCGAGGAUCUGAAGAGAAGAGCGUCUAUCGCCGAGGAUGGGACGUUGACCAUAAAUUCGCCUGCCAUGGGUGACCUUGGGGAGUACACUUGCGUGGUGACCGGUGAAACUGGAGAUCAGCAGAGUGCCUCGGCCUUCCUCAACGUACAAUGCAAAAUCGUUGCCGAUGUUUCAGACAAGGCGAAGGUCAUCUACGCUCCCCGGGAAGUCUAUCUGCCAUAUGGGAAACCAGCUCUUCUUGAUUGUCACUUCAGGGCAAAUCCGCCGCUGACGAAUCUACGUUGGGAGAAGGACGGAUUCCUCUUCGACCCUUACAACGUUCAAGGCGUCUUCUACAGGAGGAACGGUUCUCUGUACUUCAGCAAAGUGGACGAAACUCAUUCCGGAAGUUACACAUGUACGCCGUACAACGAGCUGGGCACCGAGGGGCCCAGUCCGUCCAUCACCAUCGUGCAAAGGCCGCCAGUAUUUACAAUAACUCCGCAGCAUUUGUACAUAAGGAAAUUGGGAGACAACUUGGAGAUACCUUGCGACGCCAAGGAUGGAGAUCAGGCCCAUCGACCGUCGAUCGUUUGGUACAAGGAUGGCUCACCAGUACCACCGGGCAACAGGACCAUUAUAAUUGGUGGCAACUUAACAAUCGAUAGGAUUCAAGAACAGGACAGAGGAUUGUAUCAAUGCGCGGCUAGCAACGAAGCUGCGACCGUCGUUGCCGACACGGAAUUAAUGGUAUUGAACGUUCCUCCGAGGGCGCCGUAUAGACCAACAGACACCACGGAAUGGAGAACGAUGAAAAUCUUGUCCAGGAAGAUCACCGAGGCGACCGUCAACAAUUUGAAUCCAGGACGCGAGUACGAGUUCAUGGUGCUUAGCCAGGACAAACACGGGGACGGGAUGUUUAGUAAAACGUUGCGUAUUUUCACACAGCCUAAUGACCGAAUGGGCCCACCAUUGAACAUCAGGGUACAGGCCGCUGUGCAAGGCUAUUUAGUCACUUGGGAACCCCCUGCCUACGGAAAGGAACAAGUGAGACUAUACGCGGUUAGAUGGUUCCGAGGACCGUCCGAGCAACUGUACGGAAGAGCAGAAACGACCGACACUUAUUACUUAGUUAAAACCCUGGAAGAGGAGAGCUACUACACGUUCGAGGUGGCCGCGAUGUCUAUAUCGGACGACGUGGCAACGAGCGAACGUGUCAGUCUGGAAGUACCGGCGUACCGUCGAAACAGGGCGAUUUCAAUGGGAAUAGUAGCGGGCAUUGGAUUUCUGGCAGCAGCUCUGGCUGCCAUAUGGUGGGCAAGGAAACGUUUCUGCCAGUCCCCGAACGAGAAAUAA